AUGUCUCCGUUCUCCUUGUGGGCCAAAGGAGGGGUCCCUAUCUCAGAGGCCAAUGGGGACAGUCUGGAGGUGACUGUGGACCACUCCUACUUCACAGACCCCGUCUCCUGUGAGGUGUCCAACUCCGUAGGCAGCACGAACGUCAGCACCCUGGUGGACGUGCAAUUCGGGCCCAGACUCCUGUCCGAGCCCAAGCCCAUGACGGUGGACACGGGGAUGGACGCUGCCUUCACUUGUGGCUGGACGGGGAACCCUCCACUGACUCUGGCCUGGACCAAGCAGGGCUCCAACGUGGUCCUCAGUAACGGGAACACCUUGCAGCUGAAGGCCAUCACCCAGGAGGAUGCUGGGACAUACACCUGCAAGGCCAUCGUGCCCCGCAUCGGCGUGGCCGAGAGGGACGUCGCCCUGACCGUCAACGGCCCACCUAUCAUCACAGCAGAGGCCACGCAGCACGCUGUCAAGCACUCCAAGGGCAAGCUGGAGUGCCUGGUGGGAAGCAGCCCCCCUCCGGAAAAGAUUGUGUGGAGCUUUGGAGACGCGAGCCUCUCGUCCGGGUCUUCCGGACGCUUCUCCGUCCAGACGGUGGCCAGCAGCGACCACGGCGUGCUCUCCUCCCUCGUCCUGUCCGAGACGCUGGCCCAGGACUUCCAGCUGCGGUUCAACUGCACCGCCUGGAACCGCUUCGGCACCGACACCGCCCUGGUCACCCUCAAGGAGCAAGAGGCUCUGCCCAUGCUGAUCAUCGUGGGGGCGUCUGUGGGCGGCGGCUGUGUGCUGCUCAUCUGUGUGGUCACCCUUGUGUCUUUGUGCUGCAAACACACUGGCAAAGGUGAGCUCAACGGUAAAAAGUGCACUCGUCUCUCCAAGAGCGACAUCCGAGUCCAGAUCGUCCACAGCGAUCACAACGCCACCCGCGGCAACGACGACGAGGAGGACGUCAAGGAGCCCAUGGCUCCCAACAGCAGCGAGUCUCCGGGGACGUCUCGCACGGAACACAGCGACCUUCUGGAGGAGGAGGACGACGAGCGCUCGGACACCAAGGACCCCACCAACGGCUACUACAACGUCCGCGCCCACGAGGACCGCAACGUCCGCAGCAGCGGCUUCUCCGAGUACGUGCCCAACCCCCGCCCCGUCUACACGCCCUCCCAGCUGCCCUCCCCCAGCCCGCUCUACGGCCAGCACGCCGCCCAGCCACGCAUCUACGACUUCUCCCACCGCUACGCCACCACCACGGGCGCCCGCUCCACCUACGAGCAGCAGCAGGCGCAGCAGCAGCAGGCGGCCCAGCCCGCCAGCAUCUACCCUGCCGACCCCGCCUACAGCGGCUCCGCCUAUCUGCCCACCUCCGCCUCCGCCACCGCCACCUACGGCCGCGCCUUCACCAGCUACGUCAAGCCGGCCUCCUACGAGAAGGUGGACGCCUACGACCAGUCGGACCAGGCCAGCAAGGUGUCGGGCUCGUCCCGCUUCUCCUACGCCUCGUCGCAGGUGUCCUCGCAGCAGUCCGACUACGGGCGCCCGUCGCAGCGCAUGCAGACGCACGUCUGAGCGGGGGGCGAAGACGCGCGGGAGUGGUCGAUAGGGGGGGGGGGGGGACUCGGGAUCGCCUCUGCGAGGGAAGCGUGGGGGGAGGAGGGGGGAGUAUCGUGAAGGCGAGAAGAGACUCUUUUGAUUGGUCCUUCUUCCCCCCCCCCCCCGGAUGCUUUUGGAGGGAGACGGUGUGAUCUCGGUUGUGGGAAGAUGACCGUCCUUCAUUUAUUAUUGUGUUGUGAACGAACGCGGGCGGGUGCCGUGGGUCCCCUACGAAGUCCGCGAGGAGGCGGAGCCCGCUGAUUGUGACUCGACGCUCAGUCAUCUCACACGCCACAGUGGGAUGUCUCACGGGGUUACCAGGUUACUGUAACCACGGUGACAGCCUGAGCCCACCCUGGGACUGGGUUUAGUGGGUCGAAAUGGAAGACCAUCCCACAAUCGCACCUUUUGACUUUGAGUCGGGCCAAAAACAAUCCGGGUAUAUCGAUCCCAAAGGAUUCCAGAGUCUGCAUCGAACUUCAGAACAGAAGCCGGACAAAACACUGUCGCACGAAGACAACAAAAGAUCACGGGCGAAAGAGGGAGCAAAAAAACACGUGACAAAGAACACAAAAAAUGACAGCUAACACAUUGUUGUCACCAAGUGUUUGCCGGCAUGCGAGAGGAAUCCCAAGCACAUGUUAGUGUCUUUAUUCGACAACAGACUGAGCGACACACAGAUGGCCCUUCACUUCCCUUCACCACAGGCUGUCUCUGGUGACGACACGCUGGCAUUCCACGGAUUGUUCUAGUCAGUGGCGGAAUUCUUUUGGCCUGAGCUACAUUCCCUUGGCUUUAAACAACGUCUUUUUUUCUGAUAAGGAGUUAGGAGUGAUGGAUCAGCCAGUGCCGAUUGCUGGGGAGUUAGGGUAGAGGGAAUUAUGAAGUGAAUGGGUAUUGUAGCUUUUCAUGCUAACGAGAGAUGUGUCAUUGUUCCGGCAUGUUGGACAUGUCCAUGACAACCCAAAGAUGGGGAGCAACAAAGUUCUCGAGGACAAAGGAAAUGCCUCGUCUUUAUCUGGGUACUAUUUUUCCGACCGUGUCUCCAGACUGCUACAUGGGGAGCAGGCUAUCUCCAGAACAAUCAAAGGAUGGGCUUUGUAAAUGGGUGGUUAUCUUGGACUCUUUGAGAUAAGCUUGACAUGCAGUCUGAUCUUAACCAGUCGUAGAUGGGUUCAUAAGACGUGAAGUCAUUGGACUGGACACGGUUUCACAACACAAUCAAGUAGCUUCAAUAUGUUUACAAAAGAUACACAGUACUACCCAGACAUACUGACUAAUUAACUGUACAAAGGGGUGAGCCCAAUCUUUCUCUGUUGCAUGCAGAUGAUGUCUAGUGAAACUCUUCAGCCUUUCUUUUCAUGUCCAUUCCUUGUUUGAGAGAUUGCUUACUGCACCUGGCCCAGUUGCAUUCCACUUCCUGUUACCUUCCUGAAUACCAGGAAGUUUCUGUCUGGAAUCCUGUACUGCCAUUGGUCUCUCAAGUAUUACCAGUCAGCCCAAUUUGAGAACAAAUGUCACAAAGUGAACCAUGGAGAUCAUUGCUCGUCUUUAUUUUUAUAUUUUAUAUAAGCCUUAAUGUACAGCGUGGAAGCUGCUCUAUUGUAAAGUAUCUUUAUAUUAUAUAUACAUUAUGAAGCUCUAACUUGACUGAUUUUAUUUGGGUCCACAAAUGUCUUUCUUUGAAAGUUGUCCAUCAAUCACUGAAUGCGGAAAGAUUAACUAUGCUUUUUUGAAACAACUAAUUGCCAUUUUCCUUUUCUUUAAAAAAAAAUAUGUAUUAAGAAUUUUAUUUGCUAAAAAUGAGCUAUCGUUGCUUGUAACUUUGUACACAUAUUUAUAUUUAAAUAAAACCAUUUCAGAUAAAAAAAAAGGCCAUGUUGUUUUUGUUUUCUGUAAGCCGGGAGAGUCCAGGCACCGGGAGAGAACAGAGACAAACAAAGCUGCCCACAUUGAUGAAUACAUAAAUUAGCCGCCCUGUGUUGACUCUCCCCAUCUCCCAGUGGAAGCCAGCUUUUAAUGAAGACAGAUGAGCUGGUGGAACUCCUGCUGUCUCCAGACUCGGCUCCUCAUCCUGCCACACCCAGCUCUCAUGGUAAUAGGAUGGUGCUGUGACAAAGCGGGGUAUGAUGUGACUGCCUCGUCACCUCAGCGUCUGCUUCCACCUCCGACGCGGCCCCAGGUGGACGUGCUGGUCACGGCGGGGAGGAGAGAUCCACACAUUACAAUACUGCUGAAGGAAGGGACAGUCUGCACAGUACGUAACAGUCUGCACAGUACGUAACGGGGACUAGUCAUUGACGAAUGACUGCUGAAGACGGAGACUGCAAGGCUUCAGAUAAAGGAUGUUUAAUGAAUCAUAAAUCUGUCAUAUAAAAACAAAACAUUUUGAAGGGGACGAGGCAGAGAUCCACAGUCCACAAACAACACGAGCAACUGCAGUGCACAUAAUUAAUUAAAAUACAAACAUCUAUGUAUAAUAUAACUCCCUGAUUGCAUAGUUUGAGAAAUACAGUAGCCAUUCCAAACGUGUCAAUAUGAAAAAAACUGACAAUAAAACAUUUCUACAUAUUAUAUUGCUCAUCUCAUAUAUUUUAGAUUAUAUGUCACUCAGUUCUCUCAUUACCAUGUUCCCCAUCUUUGGCUUUUAGUUGUAACAUUAGAGAGAAUCUGUAUUGUGUAGGGAGUGAGGGGGAAGAAACCUGAUGAAGAAUUUGACAGUUGAA